AUGGCUGCCGACGGCGGCGGCCGGACCAAGGCCGGCAAGCCCCAGUUCCUGAAGGUGCUCUUCGCCGACUUCAUGGAGACGAUGCCGAUCCCAGCCAGGUUCGUGCGCCGGCACCUGGCGGCGGAGCCUGGCCUCCGGCGCGCCACGCUGGUGAGCCCGCUGAAGAAGUUCUGGCACGUCGACGUGGCCCGGGACGACGUCGACGGCAACGGCCACGGCCACGAUGACGACGGCGACGUUUACUUCGCCGGUGGCUGGGCCGAGUUCGUGAGAGUCAACGGGCUGGAGGAGGAGAACUUCCUCGUCUUCAGGUACGAAGGGAACAUGGUGUUCACCGUCAAGGUGUUCGACACGUCCGGCUGCAUCAAGGAGUAUCGUGGUGACCAAGCCGGCGCCGGAGCCGCCGCCUCAAAGCCGGUGCCGAGGAACUGGUGCGACGGCGCCACCGGCUGUGGAUCGCAGCCUGCCUCCAGGAGCCAUGGUGGUACGCAUGCUCAUAAAAACAGGAAGAUCAAAGAAGGAAAGCGCAGUGGUGACGACGAUAACCAGGCCAAGAAACAGUGCAAAUCUCCUAGAAUUUGGAUGGAGGAGAACAACGGCGAGCAACAUGCCAUGGCAGACAAAUGCGCUCAAGAAGACAAGCAUCCAGAAAUUGCAGCAGUGGCCAAGGAGUCUGAAGGCACUCUUCCAGUGUAUAUGAAGGUGGUGACACCUUGCAACCUUCGCUAUGGCUAUAUGGCAAGUUCUAACCCGUACCGCUCUGAUUUUAGUCGCCAUUAGAUACAUUAAAAUGUUUGAGACCACUUAACAAUCUGCAUUUUCUUUAACUCCCAGUUCGGAACAUUGAUAAAUGGUGUGAAAAUACAUAGAUCACGCAGAAACAAAUGCCAUGACCAUUCUGUUUUAAGCUC